AUGACAUUUACUUAUACCCAGUUGACUUCUCAAGAUAAAGGGAAAAUACUGACAUAUACCGAAACUUUAAAUGCCACUCAAAUUGCAAAAAAAUGGAAUGAGAUCCUACUACAAUAUGUAGGUUUAUUGCCAAAUGAGCUCAAGACUGCUUUGAGUGAGGAGUUGUCAAAAUUUGAUGUAUCAAUUCUUAGGAGUGUUGUAGACUCAAUGUCACAAAGAAUUGAAGUAGCAUUGAAUGCAAAGAGAAGACCAACAAAGUAUUAA